UUCAAGAGACUCGUGUGUUUGUUUUGUUGGAGCUACUUUAGCUGUCACUUCUGAUGCCUCUGUGAUACCGUUACAUUUAGCUAACAGUUAUAAUUAGCAAAAUGCUGACGACAGAGGAUUUUACGCGCUUCCCGGUCCAGAUGUGGGACAAGGUGUUGUCGAAGGUAAAGAAAGCUGUUGUUUUCAUGGAUGACAAGUGUGCAGAGGCUCUCCACUGGUGCGGAGGUGCUGCUCUCCUACUGGAGGCUGGAGCCCGAAAUGUAAAGGAGUUUUCCAGCUUUGAAGCCUGUGGUGUGAAUGAACCCAAAGCCGUGUUCGUGGUGAGCACUCUGUUGAAGGGCAGAACAGUGGACAUCAUCAAAGACAUCAUAUCCCUCAGUCACUUCCAGUAUUGUGUUGUCUUCACCACCGUUGCUCACUCCGUGCACUUGCUCGCCAACAACGUCACCACAGACAUGGAGGGGAGCCCUGUGUUUGAGCAGUUUGAAGAGAAGCUGUGCGAGUGGAUGGGAAACAUGAACUACACGGCUGAAGUCAUGCACGCGCCAGUGGUCUUCGCCCCUGUUUCACAGCAGCUGCUCGUCACACCCACGUUUGCACACUUGUUCCCCCUGCUCUCACCUGAUCUGGAGGCAAUAAAUGUAAAACGACCAGAGAAGAAGAGAUUUGGGAGCCUGGCUGACAUAGACAUGCACUCUCUCCCCACUGAGCUGCAGUUUGAAAUCAAAUCCUUGGCUUCUACGUUAAACUCAGUGUUUGAAGCUACAGGCACCAGGGAGGAGAGUUUUGCUGUGGGUCCCAUGAGCCGCAUCAUAGCAGGGGAACUGGCCAAUCACGCUCAAGCAAAAAACCGAAGGAAGACAGCCCCAAAUAAAGCAUCCAUCAUUUUUGUGGACCGAACAAUGGACCUUACAGGAGCUGUUGGUCACCAUGGCGACAACCUAGUGGAGAAGAUCCUGACUGUGCUCAAACCUUUACCUGGUCAUGUGACAGAUGUACAGGUGGACAUGCUGGAGCUCACAAGUCUGCAGCGGACCCCUCACUCCCAGACCACCCUGGCCCCCGGCUGCCUCGCACAGUCCCAGUCUCCUGCAGCACAGUCACUAUGGGAGGCCAUGCUGAUCAGUAAACACAAAGAGGGGGUGAUGGAGGUCCGUCGGCAAAUAGUGGAAGCAGCCAGCAAGGAGAAGCUGCCAAUCAAGAUGAGCAUGGGCCGUGUGACCCCCGAGCAGCUGUGCUCCUACAUGCAGCUGUUCCGGAGCAGUUGGGGGGCGCUAGAGAGUCACUGCGGGGUGCUCCAGCUGGGCCUGGCCACGGCCCAGGUGCUCCGCCAUCCCGGCCUGCCCCGCUGGGACGCCUGCCUGGCCUUCGAGAGGCUGCUGCUACAGGCUCUCGGAGACUCUGAUUUCCCUGCCGUGCUGAGGCAGCUGCUGCCCUUGAUGAAGCCCCGUGGAAGUGAGGACAGUACGGCCUCGGGGUCGAGGUCCAGGGAGGAUGAAUGCGGGCCUGACGAGCUGAUCCUCCUGCUGGUUUACCUUUACUCCCUGGCUGACGAGGCGCAGCCUGCAGACCAGGACACCGAGGAGGAGGAGCUGGAGAAGCUGGAGAGGGAGCUGAUGGGAGCGCUCACCCUGGUCAUCACCCGAGAGGACGAACUCAGCCCCUUGCUGCAGAAACUCACCGGUGAGAGAGAGUUAAUGUGA